AACAAAAAAAUCUCAUCAGGUAAUAAAGUAGAUGCCAAGAUAUAGUUUGAUAACGACUGACCAACUGGUUAUUGAUGACAGUGAAACAAAUUCUUAUUUCUUACAAACCGACUCCAAGGGAAGCUGGACCUACCUUCAAGAAAACCAAAUGAUAAGAUAUCUACGUUUUGAAGAACUGAUCUCAUAUAGACAGAAUUGACUACACACAGAGAAUUCCAUGGACAAAAAUCCCUACAAAGACAAGAAAACUACUUUGGAACCACCGGAAUGUUCAUAUCCUUACAAUAUACAUUGAAACCAUUUAACUAAGCUGAAAACAUGCUACACAAUAUCAAACCAUGUUGGUAUUCAGAAGUUGAAAUAUCACAUAAAAAUAAAUAUACUGCAUACACACGUUAUACUAAAGAAUGAAUACAAACAUUGAACUGAAGUAUAGUACAAAGACAAUGAGUCAACAAUUUAAGGAAGACCUGAACCAACAAACGUCGAGAAAUUGACUAAAACAGGCAAGCCGACAGCCACUCCUGCAUCCAUCUUUCCAAAAUAUAAUUAUACUUUACCCCCUUAAGUUUAAAAAAGUGUCAAUUUUUCUUUCAAAAUUCUCUAAUAAAAACAAUUUUAAAAUGUGUGUAUUGGAUAUGAAGAAACCUGGAAAUAGACACUAGCUUGAUGAUGAUGGCCCCUCACUGAUAAAGAAAAAUCCACAAAAUCCCACCUUUCUUAUCUUACAGUUAUAAUAUUUAAAGCCCACUUGCCACACUCAAAAACCAACACUAGAACUAAACAAGUCAAAAUAAUUGAAAAGAAUCCUUCCUCUAUCCAACGAAGAAGCUAACUACGAAACCUCUCACUUCCCAAUUUUAUAUAACCCUGCAAUCUCAUAAACCAAAAUCCACAAUCGAAACAACGAUCAAAUAGAAAGAGACUCCAACAUCAUCUAUGGCAUCUACACAUCAACAACAAGACCAAUCAGCUUUAGAUCUCAUAGCCCAACACCUUCUUACUGAUUUCCCUUCCUUAGAGAACUUUGUCUCCAACAUCCACCACAGCACCACCUCCUCUCUAAGCCAACGCAAGCCACCUCUUGCCACCAUUGCAGUUCCUACUACUGCACCAGUGGCUCAAGGGGAUGAUCAAAGGCAUUACAGAGGCGUGAGGCGAAGACCGUGGGGUAAGUUUGCAGCUGAGAUCAGAGACCCAAACAAGAAAGGUGUUCGUGUCUGGUUAGGGACUUUUGACACAGCCAUGGAAGCUGCAAGAGGCUACGACAAGGCUGCUUUUAAACUACGAGGAAGUAAAGCCAUUCUUAACUUUCCACUCGAAGCAGGCAAGUACAAGGACUUAGAAGACAACAACAACAAUAAUAAGACUGUAUUUUUAAAGGCAAAGAGGAAGAGACAAGUAAUGGAGGAUGAAAGCCAUGGAAGUAACCUGUGUAUCCAUAAAGCUGUGAAGAGAGAAGAAGCAGAAGUUCAGGCUCAGGCUGAGGCUUGUCCGUUAACGCCGUCAAGUUGGAUGGGGUUUUGGGACGGAGAAGACAGUAAGGAGAUGACAAUAUUCACCGUGCCUCCGUUAUCUCCUUACCCAUCUCUUGGAUACCCUCAACUCGUGCUUACGUGAGCUUCUGGAUCAAAUUGGGAACAUUAGGUGACAUCAGCAACUUUGGAUUACUAUCACAAGCAAAACAUUCAAAGAUGAUAAUAUAUAGAGCUUGUUAAUCUCAAGGGUUGUAUUCAAGAUUCCUCAAGUAGUGAACUAGCUUCUAGAUUCGUUGAUCGUAAUUGAUUUACUAUAUUCAUUCAUUCUUCUUAAAUGCAAUUCUUUCUACCAA